GAACAAUUGCUUCUUCAUAGAAAAGGAAGAAAUGGAGGGCAAAGUUCUUCAAUUCCUCAAUUCAAACCCACUUCCUUCAACCAUCCCCGUCUUCAAAAACCUUUCUUCAACAAUAACAACAAUAGUACAGACUCCGGUUAUCGUACCUUGUCGGAGAAGAUCUCUCACACUAAAUUCCACCAACACCACAGGAGGCAACGAUGACCCUCCACAGCCAGCUCCAUCAAUCAUAACACCACCAGAAACUGUUGAGAUAAGGUUCAAAAGAGGCUCAAGAAAGAGGAACAGAAACAGAAAGCAGAGUGCAGAACCGGUGAAGGCACAGGCUGCUCCUGAUUCUCCAAAGAAGUGGGAGGACAUGAGCCUUUCAGAGAAGGCACUUGAGAUUUACAUUGGAGAGAAGGGAAUGCUGUUUUGGCUCAACAAAUUUGCUUAUGCUUCCAUUUUCAUUGUAAUCGGAGGUUGGAUACUCUUCAGGUUUGUGGGACCUUCUCUCAAUCUUUACCAGUUGGAUACUCCUCCUCUAUCCCCUACCAACAUGUUCAAGGGCUCGUGAAGUUCCAGUAAUCCCUCUGAGCUUUAGUUAUGAAAUGGAUGAUGAAUGCUGUUUUCCCUCUCUGAAGUUUUUGUUUCUAAAGAUUCUGUAACUGAAUCUAAACUAGCAUUAAACUAAUAAAGCAUUUCUCUAUUCAUUUUA